AUGAUGUGUUUCAAAGCGAUCUUGUUGGUAUCCGCUAUUGUGUGUUUGAUAAGCGCCAUUGAUAUACCACUAAAAGAACGCAUUUUCAAAUGCAAACUCACCUCGUUUAAAAAACAUCAUUCUAUAUUUGAGGGUAUUAUCCCGUCGAUCUUGACUUCUCCAGCCGAUCCUGCUGUUCCUGACGAGUAUACCGUUCCCGCGGGAGGCACUACAUUUGGUACAGAGCCGGUCCCGGUUCCUACCGCAGUAACUGUAGAACCGCACCGAGAAGUGCAGAACCCACCACCGCAGGAAGUUCAGCAUCCACUACCUCAGGAAGUUCAGCAUCCACCACAACCAGAUGUCCAGCAUCCACCGCAACCGGAUGUCCAGUAUCCACCUCAACCGGAAGUACAGUAUCCGCCCCAACCGGAAAUCCAGUAUCCACCACAACCGGAAAUACAGUAUCCACCGCAACCGGAAGUCCAGUACCCUGUGCCGCAGCAAGAGGGACAGCCCCCUGCAGCGCCACAACAGGAAGUGCAGAAUACGCCACAGCAACAACAUCUGUAUCCACCGCAACACGAUGGCCAGCGCCCUGCACAACCCCAUGUAGAGCAAAUCCUUCCACCAUCGAACGGAGGGCUCUAUCCACCGCAACAUAACGGGCAGUAUUAUCAACUGCAAAACACGGGGAUGUAUUAUCCGCCUCCGAACUACCAGGGUUUUACUACCAACAACGUCCCAUAUAACUACCCCGUCUAUGGGCAAAACGUACUGAGAUCCGUUAAAUCUCUCGACGGCCAAACGUAUCCGCUCCUCCAACGUCCGUACAGAGUAAAUAUGUUUAUUAGACAGCCGAGCCCAUACUACAACGCUCCACCUGUGUAUGGCCAGUACGCUGCUCCUCAAUUUAACUAUGUACCACAAAUUCCGAGAACAGCUCAAGCCCUCACUGCAAAAAAAGCGAAAUCCCCUUGA